AUGGACAAUGCAUGGGAGAACUUUCUGGAGGCCAUUGCCGAACUUUUGUCAAUGGCCUUGACGAACAAGGAGACUGAAAAGGUCAUUGCUGGCUUCAACAACUUUCAGCAACGACUCCAACGUCUCAGCAGCCACAACCUCGCAAAGCUCAAUCUGGAGAUUACGGCGCAAAAGAAGCGGGUCAGCAAGUGUAAACAUGAGGGCAAGACAUGUCCUCAGAACGUGACCCGAGGCUUCUUCAAAACCUGGAUGAUUGCCUAUGUCCUCAAGUACCUCAUUGGAGUGUUACCCGCCGUCUUGACCGGCAAGGCUUUCAAGAACCCGGCCAUCUUCAAGAAGAGCGGAGGCAGCGACACCGUCGGAUUCGCUUUCUUCCUGUCGUCCUUCCUCUCGGCCUACAAGGCCGUCCUCUGCACCAUGCGCUACUACCGACCAGAAAACCAGGGCGACCGACUCAACGCAUUUGUCGCAGGAUCCGUCGCAGGAUUGACCCUCUUGCUCGACAAGAACAAGAGCCGCAGGACAGCUCUCACCCUCUACCUCUUCACACGUUCCAUCCAGUUCGGAUCAAGCUACUCGAUGAAGAAGUGGGCUGAGCACCGGGAAGCCAAGAGAUCGACUCAGCGCCUCGCACUCCGGGAUGCUGUCCACUCGUCAGGAAAGGAGCACGCGCUGGUCACACGGUCAGGAUGGGACGAUAUCCUCGCCAAGGUCAUGUCGUCGUCCGCCGCAACAGUGCUGAUGUCGUUGACAGCCGCGGUCAACCUCUACUCCUGUGUGAUCGAGCCCGAUGCGAUGCCAAAGUCCUACUGGAACUUCUUGAUGCAACACUCGGGCCUGCCUCAAAAAUUCGGACCCAUGUUUCAGCCUCUCUUGGACGCCUUCCGGUCACAAUACGUUGCUCUGCGGGAACUCCCUGGUGGCAUGGAAAACAUUGGAAUACCAGCCGGCGUUACCUCCAAGGACUUUGUCUCCACCAACAUCUCGCCCAACAUCGCCACCCUCUACCCCAGCGACCUACACCACGACUUUCAGCUCUGCGCCCUGCUGCAUCCUUUGACUCCUUGUUCUGGACAUUCCAUGGAUGUCAUCACAGGCGAGUUUGGACGCGCCGCCAAGAUGUACGGCACUCUGAACCUUAUUGUCACGCUUGUGUUCCAGCAUAAGAAACUGGCCACCCAGCCCAAGGAGGUCGCCCGUCGAUACAUCAAGUCGACUCUGCGGUCAUGUCUCUUCUUAACCAUCUAUGUCUGGGCUGCCUUCUAUACUCCCUGUGCCAUGCGCAGGAUCUUCAAGCGGGAGAGAACCUUCAUGUACCUCCUCAAUGGACUUCUCGCAGGUCUGGCAGUGUUAAUUGAGGCGCCAGGACGACAGAUGGAAUUGGCGUUGUACUGUCUGCCCCGCGCUCUGGAAACCACCUGGAAGUUGAUGUUGAAACGUGGAUUGGUCCGCAACAUCCCUAACGGCGAUAUCGCCCUUUUCUGUGCCUCGAUGGGAGUGAUGAUGACGAUCUACCAGAACGAUCCCAGCGUCAUCAACAACCACUACCUCAACGUCCUCACCCGUGUCUUUGGACGCAACUAG